AUGGUACAGUGGGGAUUCGAGACAGAAGGAAACGAAAUCGUCGACAAAUUCUCUGAAAAUGUCAGGGUUGUCAUCACCGGGUCAAGCGAGGGUGGACUAGGAGCAGAAUCAGCCUAUUCUCUAGCCCGUGCAUCCCCCGCCCAGAUUGUCUUUAUGGGUCGUUCGUGGGAGAAGACAAAGGCCGUGGUCGAAAAGGUCAAGUCUAUCGGCUCAUCCAUCGACGUCAAGUUUGUCCAGCUUGAACUUGAUUCGCUUGCCAGCGUGCGCAAGGCAGCAAAAGAAAUAAACGAUGACGCUUCCAUUCCACAAAUCGAUGUAUUGAUGCUCAAUGCUGGUGUCAUGGCCCUGCCAAGUCCACAGUUGACUGAGGAUGGGCUCGAAGCACACUUUGGCACCAAUCAUAUUGGACACUUUCUUUUGGCAAAUCUCAUCAUGCCCAAAGUAAUGGCCGCCGCUCGGCCCAAUCCUAAUGGUGAAAUCGGUGGUCCAGGUACUCCUCGCAUUAUUACCGUCUCCAGCUACGGAAACAUAUUCUCAGGCAUUCGCUUUGACGAUCUUAGCUUUGGAAAUGGGAAAGAUUACGAUCCAUGGCGCGCCUAUGGCCAAAGCAAGUGUGCCAACAUUCUGAUGACGAUUUCCUUGAAUGAAAAAUUCCGUUUGCGGGGCAUCGUUGCGUAUACUCUGAAUCCUGGAUCAAUUCGAACGAGCCUUAUUCGCCACUUAAAUGACGAGUCGACAAAAUCGUUUUUGGAAUUGUUAGCACAGCAUGGAAAGGAAAGAUAUAAGCCAAAGACACUACAGCAAGGCUGUUCUACUCAGUUGAGAGCAGCAUUGGACCCAACUCUUCCAGCCAACGAAGAGAUUUUCUUCUUGCAUGAUACUCAACCUCUGUUAAAGGGAGAGGAUCUGAAGGUCCUAGCGGCCCACUCGGCAGAUAUUGACCAGGCACAUGAGCUGUGGAACCUCAGUAACAAGAUUGUUGGGGAACAAUUUUGA